CACACACACACGGGGAGCUCACUGCACGGAGAAGCCGAACCUGUGAGGAGCGCACGCGCUGCUGUGUGUUUUCGGUGCUGCUCCUGCUGGAGAGAGAGAGAGAGAGUGAGUGAGUGAGUGAGUGUGAGUGAGAGACAGUUGUUGUCGCGUUUGUGGAGGCGAUGCCACGGCGGCGGCGCGCGGGACCCGAUCUGCACGGAGACAGGUGCGCGAGCGCAGGAGAGGAACGUUAGAGAGAGCCAGCACGCUCGCGCCUGGAGGGAGGGAGGGAGUGAGAGGGGGGGGUUGGACCACGCGCCAUUGGACCCCAUUUUUUGACCCCCCUCCUUUUUUUUUUACCCUUAUACCCCCUCGUGCCCCGUCUUCUGCUUCUUCUUCUCCUCCUUUUCCACUCGUUCAUUCUGGAUUUUAGUCCUCGCGACGCAAAGGAAAAGGCAAAGAGGAGCUCGAGACACGGAUUGGCACGCAGCGCACAUUUCAUCCACGUCAACCGCGUUUGGGUUCUGCUGCCAUGACGACCCUGGUUGGACCGUUCCUCACGCUCCUCUGGCUGGUCCAGGUGGUGUGUUCUGUGUUUCCGGAGGAGCCUGGACCCCUGAGCUCCAUCCCCACUGAAGUGGUCAGGAGGUAUCCGGUGUUUCUGGGCCGACCGCACCGCUCGUCUCUGAGGCAGGAGCCGCUACACAUCCAGAGAAUCCUGCAGGUCAACCGCACUCUGUACAUCGGGGCCAGGGAUGACCUUUUCCGUGUGGAGCUGGACAAUGUGGUGGGAGACGAGAUGUUCUACAGUAAGAAGAGGACGUGGGAGUCCAACAGGAAUGAUAUCAGGAUCUGUAGGAUGAAGGGCAAACAUGAGGACGAGUGUCGAAACUACAUCAAGGUUUUGCUGAGUCGGCAGGGCGGACUCUUCGUCUGCGGGACAAACGCCUUCAACCCACUCUGCGCAAACUACACCGGAGACACUCUGGAGAUGGUGGGUGAGACGGUCAGUGGGAUGGCUCGCUGCCCUUAUGACCCCAAACAUGCCAACGUGGCUCUGUUUGCAGAUGGAAACCUCUUCACUGCCACAGUGACCGAUUUCCUGGCCAUAGAUGCGGUGAUCUACAGGAGUUUGGGGGACAGUCCUGCUCUCCGCACCGUCAAACACGACUCCAAGUGGUUCAGAGAGCCUUACUUCGUCAGCGCUGUGGAGUGGGGACCACACAUUUACUUCUUCUUCAGAGAAAUGGCCAUGGAGUUCAACUACCUGGAGAAGGUGGUGGUCUCCCGUGUGGCUCGUGUGUGUAAGAGUGAUAUGGGCGGUUCUCAGCGGGUGUUGGAGAAGCAGUGGACAUCAUUUCUGAAGGCCAGAUUGAACUGCUCCAUCCCCGGAGACUCACACUUCUACUUUAAUCUGCUGCACUCCACCAGCCCCAUCCUCCGCCUGCACGGCCGAGACAUCAUACUGGCUGUGUUCUCCACACCAUCCAACAGUAUCCCAGGUUCAGCGGUGUGUGCGUUUGAUAUGGAACAGCUAGCAGCCGUGUUUGACGGCAGAUUUAAGGAGCAGAAAUCUCCAGAGUCGAUCUGGACGCCUGUGGCAGACGAACUCAUCCCCAAACCAAGGCCAGGAGGGUGCGCCAUCCAAGGCUCAAAGUUCAACUCCUCUAACUCCUUCCCUGACGAAAUGCUGAACUUCGUGAAGACCCACCCGCUGAUGGACGAGGCCGUGCCGUCUUUGGGCCAGAGGCCAUGGAUCGUUAGGACGAUGGUCAGAUAUCAGCUCAACAAGAUGGUGGUAGACACGAACGCUGGUCCCCACGGCAACCGGACCGUCCUGUUCCUGGGUUCCAGCCGCGGGACCAUCCUCAAAUUCCUGAUCGUCCCCAACCGGGACAACACAGCGUCCAACAACAAUGUCUUUCUGGAGGAGCUGGAGGGCUACAACCCAGAGAAGUGCAGUCAGGACACUCCUCAGGCCCGGCAGCUGCUGUCUCUCUCUCUGGACUCCAUCAGCCACACCCUCCUGCUGGCCUUUCCGUCCUGUGUGGUCAGAGUGCCUGUAGCCCGCUGCCAACUUUACUCCCGCUGCAUGAAAAACUGCAUCGCCUCUCGGGACCCUUACUGCGGCUGGACCAGGGGGAGCACCUGCUCCUUCCUCCGCGCCGGCACCAGGCUUCCCUUCGAACAGGACGUAGAUCAUGGAAACACCUCUUACUUGGGCGACUGUGACGGUCUCCUGCAGGAGAGUUAUGUGGAGGAGCCUGACGGCCUGGUGUCCGUCAACCUACUGGUUUUGUCUGCAGCUUCAGCGUUUGCCACUGGGGCGGCGCUCUCUGGCCUGAUGGUUUGCUGGAUCAUGACAGUCAAGCACCGCCAACGCACCAGAGGAGGAGGGUCCGGCCCUGCUGGGCGGCGCAAGGGCGACAAGGAGCAGAGCAUGCUGGGACACAGACGCAGCGGUUCCGUGAUUAGCGUGACGAGGAUUAGCGAAAGACCUCACUCUCAGGUUGAAAACCUCUUCACCAACGGAUGGCCCAAGUCUGGAGAGAUGGACCCAGGGCUGCCAACCCCAGAGCAGACCCCACUGCAACAGAAACGUCCCACGCCCAACGUCCACCUCCCGGACUCCGACUGGGACCAGAGCCAGACCUUUAUCACCCAGACUGGGCCAGCUAACACCGCCGUUUUGUACCUGAGCUCUGAUUACCUCCAGGGCAGCAACGGAGGGCGACAAGAUGAUCCGGGUGACGUCGCCCCACACACUGAGAGGCAGCGCUAUCUGAUACUAUCUCACCCUCCCAUCCAGAGAGAGCAAAGUGGGCGUUGUUCAGCCCCUGCAACCCGUAAUUCCGCUGGUGAUUAUCGCCCUGCUACACCUCAAGAUUCGCCCGACCGCAGGAGGGUGGUUUCAGCACCCACAACACAAUCAGAUUAUGGCGAUCCUCCGCGCUGGACCCACAAUGGCUUCAACUUCAACAGCAACAACGGCACACCUAGUGGACACCACCACCAUCACCACUACCCUGUACAGCCGCGUACCAAUGCAUCCUUGGUUCGGCCCUCUCUCCACUCCACUAGGGGGCACAGCGAGCUGCAGGACUACAGCCACUUCAGCUUGGGUAAGAAUGCAAGCGAGCGCACUGCCAAUGGACAGUGAGGCCUUGAUUUUGUCCUUCGGACUGCCAUCGCCCCAGAGACUCAGACUCAAAUUUGGACUUCUCUCUCCUGCCGUGACUUCCUACUUGCCCAAACUCUCUCACUGCCAUCCAGUGUCUCCAAAAGUCUCCAAAACAUCCUAACACCACCACUGGGAAAACUGUAAAAGAAAGUUCAGCACAGAGAGAGAAAGAAACAGAGAGUUAGAAGAUGGAGUGGAACUUUCCCUAAAGCUUCCCCACAACCUUUAGCACUUAGUACAUUGGCGGCCUCUGUUGCCUCUUGGCCGAUAAGCGACUGAAGGCAACUCUUUAGGAACCAGGGAGUAAACGAAUCAAUUAAUAUCGGUAUACUGUGAACUGCUAGGUUGACUGUCCAGCAAACAGUAGCAUUUGAGCAUUUGCAGAAAGUCUCUCUCAGCUGACUCGGUGGACGUGACGGCUUUCCCUGCUUUUUCCAGCCCUUCAUUCUGUUUUGUGGGUUUUACUGUGGUCAGCAGACACGUAUGCGAGUGUAUGUGAUACGAAGAGUGCUGGAGGGCUCCAAGCCGUCACAAAAUCUGAGAUGAGUCUGGAUAAACCUCAAGGACUUAAAGAGCAAGGAGUCUACCGACACUGGAGAUACUCAGAGAGCCUGAUCUGAUGUCAACUGACUCUCCCUCCCCCCCUUUACAGCCCUCCUUUUUUCUCUGUGUUAGGAAGCAAUCAAAAGACAACUGCCAUGUGACUUUAUGUCUAAAGACCUGUGUGCGUUUUCUAUCAGACUGUGUGUGGGUGAACGGAAGCGAAGAGCGUUUGCCAACAAUCGUGGAAUCGAUCGCGUCGUUGCUGUGGCAGCAGAAGGCUGCAGACAGCAGGGAAACGUUGGGAUCCAGCACAUUGGGACGAUUUAAGAAUAAUAAUAUUAAUAACGAAAGUAAUAAUAUUAAAUGCGGGUGGACCCAUUCGGUUUGUGUUUGCGAAUCCCAGCAUAACUGUUUCUGAUGUGUGUUUGCUGCUGACUAGAAACACUGAGGCCCUUUGUAAGAGUCUGUCUCCUCCUCUCUCUAUCUCCUGUCUGUCUCCUUCUCUCUCUUUUUCUUUCUGCUUCGCUGACCUGACCUCCCUCUCUCUUUCACUGUCUGUCUCCCUCGCUCUCUCCAUCUCUCUCUCCCCUAGCCUGCCUGGUUUGACCUCCCUCUUUCUGCAGAGUGAAAUGUGAGCUUGGCCAUAGCGCUCUAUCUUUCCUUCUCUCUCUCUCUGUCUCUGCCACUGGGGAGUUGCGUUUGGACGAGGCUCGGGGACACUGAGGCUCUUUGUGCCGCCCAGCCAGACUGGCCCAUCCCAAACAAACAGCCGUUAAAGAGUCAGGCCUUCACAGAAACCCUGCCACUGGCCCGGUUCAGGAAUAUCAAUGAGGGGCCAGAAGAAUGCUGCGCCCGGCAAAGAUCUUAGACGCUAAGGCAGUUGUCCACAAGUACAGGCAGGGGGUGCAUUGUAGUGCCGUAACAUAAUCUUGUAACAUAACACAAUUAACUUUAGAUAUUCGAUUAAUUCUUAUUCAGAUACGGAAGACGAUGCAAAAUGUUUGCGUUAUUAUUCCUAACUUAUUCCUAAGUUAUAGGAAUGAGGAAUGGAAGUCUGGAUCAAUGUUGGCAAUUUAAAUUCAACACAAAUUUAAUUGAAACCAAAAAUUGCCAUGACAAAUUAACCCUCCCUUUUACAUGUAGUUUACUUUGAAGCUGAAGUUUCAGCAUUAGCUAGGCAACAGUGGCUAAGUCAGCCUAGUUAGCAUCGGAGGGGAAUUUCGCUAAUGUUUCCAAAUUUAAAUGGUUAAGAUAUAGUUUGAAUGUCAGAAUUAUUCACAGUUGUGGUGAUAGGAACCAGAUGUCUGAAUAGAUUAAUGCCUCUAAAAGCUUCUUAACAGAAAGCAGCUACAUGAAAUGGUUAUGAAUACACUGCCGGAUGCCUGAAACUUUGUUUUAUGAUCGUUUUGAGGAAAAUUGUUGGCCUAAAGUCUGUUCAUGUUGGAGGGGUACAUGCCAGGCUUUGGAAGGUAAAGUGGUGCCCAAAGAAAACGUAUCUUUUCAGGUUUUAGUGACACUUUAUUUAGAGUGGUUCUUUUAAAUGAAACAAACACUCAACAGAGUCAAAAUGUCAAAAACAUAUGAGGCUUAGGAUUAGGGCCAGGGUGAGGG